UAUCGGUCAUAUUUAUUACUGACGAAUAUUUUAUCGUUAAAUAUUGAUGUUGUUCAUUAUACGAAUCUACUAACCUAAAUUGUAUAACACGAAAAUAAAACAAAUAGGAGACCUCUUACGGUAUAGUGUCGUAACAGUUAAUAAAUAUGGCGAACAAGAAUAUUUUUCGUCUGCUGGAAUCUUCCAGUAAAAUAUCACGAACAAAUGUACCGAUAGUAACCUUAACGGUACGAAAAUACUCGAAUGAAUUACCUGAUAAAGUAACUCAUACCGGACAGAAAUUCGAGGAAGAUGACUACCGACUUGUAAGAUUUGUCGACAGACCGAAACAUGUUAAUCCAAAUUGGGCUGUAAAUUAUAUAUGCAACGUACCUUCUACCCCUAAAAAAGAUCGUGUCGUAUCUUGUGAUGGUGGUGGCGGUCCUUUAGGACAUCCUAAAGUUUAUAUCAAUUUGGAUGAGCCAGGUCCAAAUAUCUGUGGUUACUGCGGUUUGCGAUUUCACAAGGAAGAUCAUCAUUAAAUGAUUUUUAGACUAAAUAUAAAUAGUAAAAAAUAUAUAAAUUUUAUGUUAAAUUGGUGAUAUUAAAACUAAUAUUAUAUCAAUAAAAUGAGUAGUAACUCUUGAUAUCGCUAUAA